AUGAAUGUGGUUGGAUCAAGAUGGGUGUGCAAGACCAAACUUAAGUCAGAUGGUUCUAUAGAUAGAUACAAAGCCAGGCUGGUUGAUAAGGGACAACUUGAUGUCAAAAAUGCAUUCUUGCAUGGAUAUCUGCAAGAAGAAGUCUACGUGGCACAACCACCAGGUUUUAUUGACUCUGAGUAUCCCAACCAUGUCUGCUCAUUGAUGAAGGCUUUGUAUGGUCUUAAACAAGCACCUAGAUCAUGGUUUGACAGGUUUAGUCUGUACUUACUUCACCUUGGUUUCAAGUGUAGUAGGGCAGACUCAUCAUUGUUUGUUCUGCAUUGCACUAAAGGUACUAUCCUACUCCUCAUGUAUGUUGAUGAUAUAGUGAUCAUUGGCAGCUCUCCUUCACAUGUUCAGGAAAUAAUCACAGCACUUGGUAAGGAAUUUGCAAUGAAGGACCUUGGUCCACUGCAUUUCUUUCUUGGAAUAGAAGUCACUUACUUUGAUGGAGGUAUUCAUCUAAAUCAAAGUAAGUAUGCCACAGAAUUGCUCAAGAAAACUGAUAUGAUCAUGGCUAGGGCAGUAAACACUCCUCUUGCACAAAAGCAUGGGUUACAUGAAGCUCAGGGAAGUCCUGCUAACACCUCAGUUUAUAGAAGUAUUGUAGGCAGUCUCCAGUAUCUCACUCUAACCAAGCCUAACAUAACUCAUGCAGUCAAUCUAGCAAGUCAAUUCAUGCAAACUCCAAAUAGUGAGCACUUUCAGGCUGUCAAAAGGAUUUUCAGAUAUAUGAAAGAAACAGUUCAGCUUGGACUUAGACUCAUUGCUAAAUCACCUCUUAGAUUGUAUGGUUUUUCUGAUGCAGACUGGGGAGGAUGUACUACCACUAGGAGAUCAACCACGGGAUACUCAGUCUAUUUGGGUGCUAAUUGCAUUUCAUGGGCUUCUAAGAAGCAUCAUACAGUUGCAAGAUCAAGUGCAGAGGCUGAGUACAGGGCACUAGCUUCAGCUGCAGCUGAAAUCACAUGGAUAACAUAA